AUGGCCUGGUGGCGCCUGGCUCUCCUUCUCAUUGGAGCCCUCCUGGCAGUCUCCCAGCCAGUCCUGACACAGCCAGACGCAUUGUUGGUCUUCCCAGGCCAAGUGGUCCAAAUCUCCUGCAUGCUCAGCCCCCGCCAUGGCACCGUUGGGGAAUAUGGUGUGUCUUGGUACCAGCAGCGGGCAGGAAGUGCCCCCCGCUAUCUCCUCUACUACCGCUCAGAAGAGGAUUACCGCCGCUCCCCAGACAUCCCUGACCGCUUCUCAGCAGCCACAGAUGCAGCCAAAAAUGCCUGCAUCCUGAUCAUCAGCCCCGUGCAGCCUGAGGACGAUGCAGAUUAUUACUGCUCUGUGGCCUUCAUAUCUUAG